AUGCCUCCAAAGGCUGGCACCCGCCGAACAGCAGCAGGAGCAUCAGGCGAUGCCGAUUCGUCCCAGAAUACACCAGAGGCGCACUCUACUCCGUCACAAAGCGCCACUCCAGGCCCAUCUGGCCGCCCUGUCCAACGCCUACAAUCCCUCAAGAAACGCCCCGCAUCUGGCAGCAUCCCGGCCACUGGGCGACCUUCAGCGCUGAGCGGCGAGGCGCCUAAACCAGCGCUCAAGUUCAAACCGAAGGCCGUUGCGCGAAAGACCAAGGAAGAGCGGGAGGCCAUCGAAAAGCUCGAGGCGGAGCGCAACAGCGAGCGAUUGAAAGAGGCGGCUGCGAUUCAGCGCGGCCGGGGUGGUAAUACUCGUGGUCGGGGGAGCUUCCGGGGCCGCGGUGGUGCUGCUGGCCUUGCUGGGAGCGGACCAUUGGGUUCUGGGGCUGGCUCAGGCUUUGGUGGUGCGAAGCGAGGGCGAGGUGGCGGUGCCGGUGGACAGGGAGGAUUCGGAAGGAAACGGGGUGCGCCGCGGGGUGGUUUUGGUGAUUCUGCUCGGUAUGAUGACUCCUCAGACGAUGAUUUGCGGGUCAGCAUCGACAACAUCAAUCUAGAGAGCGAGGACUCGGACUCGGAUGUGGCGGGAGUCAAAGGCAAGCGGCCGAGUCGGAGGAAGAUUGCCACGAACAACGGGCUGCGCCCUGCGCGAGUUCCACGACGUGAGCAUGAAGAGCGCAUUGUCAGUGUGAACAUGGAGUCAAGCUCUAGCAAGGCUGCGGAGAUUCGGGAAAAGGCCCAUGCGGAGAACCAGGCCAUUGAGGUUGAUGACAAGUCGAGCUCCGAGGAGAAGGAAGCUACUGAACCACGAGUCAAAGAAGAGCCCCAGGAUGAUGAUACAGCUAUGGAAGAUGUGCCUCAGGAUGAUGACUUCCUCCCCGCUACCCCAGUGCGUGUGCGCCGGAAAACGUCAGACCCUAAACAGCAGGCCAAGGGCAAAGAGUCUACACAGCAGCCCGUCGAGCCACCACCACCUAAGCGAGAUCCACGAGACCUCCUUCGAACAAGAGAAGAAAUCGAAGAAUAUGAUCGGCACUUGGAGGAUCUGGAGCAUUUCCGGAAUCUUCUUUCGAUCAGAGUCACAGAAAAAGCACCUAAUUCGGCCGGGAGACCCGCACCACAGUCAACAGAAGCUGGUGCAGAACCAGCCGCAGAAGAGCAACGACCAGAGUCAAUGGCCAUUGACGGUGAGGGCGAAGGAGAAAACGAAGAACAAGAAGGCACCGAACCCAAAAUCAACGAACACCUCCUCGGUCAACUAUUUCUCAUGCAAUUUCCGCCCAUGACCCCGACCCUCACGAUCCCCGGCGAAACCUCCAAACCAGUCGCCCCCCACCUCCCAAAGCACCUCGACCCCGAGGUCAAAACCGAAGACGGUGGCUUCCAGAGCACAAGUAGCCAUCCAACCAAAGCAAAUGCAUCUCAGAUUAUCACGGCUUCCACCAAUUGGUCACUUCCUGCGGGCCGUGUUGGUAAGCUGAACGUGCACAAAUCUGGUCGCGUUACUAUGGACUGGGGCGGAAUUAGCUUUGAGCUUGAUCGCGCCGCCAAGGUAGAUUUUGCGCAAGAAGCUCUGAUUAUGUCUACUCCUGAGGCUGUUGAGCCGGGCCAGCCAGCCAGGGACACGGCGAAGCAGACUGCUUGGUCUAUGGGGCAGCUCUCUGGGAAAUUCACUGUGAUGCCUAACUGGGAUCAAAUACUUUAA